UCACGAUCAUAACAAUAAACAACCUCAGCAGCGUUAAUCCAACACGCCUCUCCCAAUCCCAAUCCCAAUCAUGGAACCUAUUCGUCGCUCCUUGAUGGUCAAGAACGAUUCCUUCGAGUGGAAUGGGUGGCACAUCCUGACCCGCAAAGGACCCAUCAUGGGCCAUAAAGAAGGCGAAACAUUGGAACAGACCAUGAGUCUGCCCCAUUUGCCGGACAUGUUGUUCCAUCAAAACGUGGUUCGCUUCACGCGCUCCAGUCCCAAUGCCGGCCAAGAUCCGGAGGAACCUGUCAUUGGACUGGAACUGAAGAAGGAUUCGCCUCAUAUUCAAAAAGUCAUCAAACCCUACGACUGGACAUACACACCCAAAACGUACAAAGGCACGCUAUUGGGCGGGGGUCAAAUCCGGGUUGAACCCUCAUCCACGGGAAUCGACUACGAAAAGUUGAAGGAGCGCGAAAAAAUUCUCUUUUUUGAUGAGGUCAUUCUCUAUGAAGAUGAACUGGAUGAUAACGGAUGCUCGCUGCUGACCACCAAAUUGCGAGUCAUGCCUAGUGGAUUUUUCUGUCUACUGCGGUUCUAUUUACGGGUGGAUAAUACCCUGAUUCGUGUGAUUGACAACCGAUUCCACUACGAAGCGGGCCAGAACUACAUUUUGCGCGAGUAUUCGUUCCGAGAGUCCAAAUUCACCGAUCUCCAGAUUCCCAUGUCGGUACGAAACGAUCCCAACGAGGUUGGCCAGCAUUUGAAGUUGGUGGACGAGACCAAAGAGAAGCUCAUUUGGCCUGCUUCCUCAUGAUCAUGUGUUCUGUUCAUAGAUUACGCCGGUUCAACCAUUACGCCCUGCCCUACGCCAUCUUUUGCGAUCGAAAUAUAUAAUGCGACAAACCCGUU